GCAUGGAGACCGCGGCCCCGCCCGCACGCCCCUCAGGCCCCUUCGCCGCCCAAUCCCCAGCCUUCCACCUGCUACAAUCGCUGCCGCUGUUACAGUCUGUGGGCGGCGCUGGCAAGCCGCUGCCGCCGCCCCUGGGGAUGGACCCUCGGGUGGCGGGGCUGCUGCAGGGUUGCAACCCCUUGGGCCAGCUGCCAUGGGCGGCGCUGGGCGCGGGCGAGCUGGCCCUGAACCGGCUGCUGCUGACUCCCGGGGGGCGCCUCAGCAGACCCAAGAAGCGGUACAUCUGCAAGUACUGCCAGCGGGAGUUCACCAAGAGCUACAACCUGCUGAUCCACGAGCGGACCCACACGGACGAGCGGCCCUUCCCCUGCGACAUCUGCGGCAAGGCCUUCAGGAGGCAGGACCACCUCCGCGACCACAAGUACAUCCACAGCAAGGAGAAGCCCUUCAAGUGCGAGGCGUGCGGCAAGGGAUUCUGCCAGGCGCGCACCCUCGCCGUGCACAAGGCGCAGCACGCCCACGACGUCCCGCCCACACCCGCCGCCCCACACACGCCACCCUCCGCGCCCGCCGCCGCCGCCGCCGCCCGCCUGGAGGCCGACGAGGUGGUGGACGUGCUACACUGCGACGACGACGAGGACGACCACGUGAUGCAGACGCUGACGGAGGAGGACGAAGAGCUGCAGCCCGCGGCGCCCCAGCCCCCCAAGAGGCUCGGCUUCUCCAUCGCCGACAUCAUGAGCAGAUAGAGGCGCGAGGGGCGCCGCGCCACCUCGCCGUGCCGCUGCUGGUGUCUGCUGUACAUAGUGUACUAUAUCAUAUUCCUUAAUAUAUUUUUGAUAG